AUUACGCGAUGAGAUCUUGAACGGUUCGGUUGUGCGUCGCGUACAUUCGGCACGGGUAUUGGACGGAAAAAAGUGCUCUUAGUUUUAUUUAAUUGUUUGACAUUGAUGCUCGACAAACAAUAAUACAUCAAAACAUUUGAAAUGAAGUCCGCUCAAGUGUUUUUUCAAUAGUAUGUGAUUAUUUUUAUGUUUACUUUGUGCAGAGGUCUUCAAUCUUGAUUUGUUGUGUUGUUUUGUGCUAAUCGUCAUUGUAUUGAAAAAUAAAAGAAAAUGUUUGAUCCAUGUCUAUGAAGAAGCCGAAAAUCUACAAAACUAAUGAUCACUAAGUAGGAGGCAUCGAGCAAUGAGUGUUCAAGGAGCGCUCCGGUCAUUUUCACGAGUGUUAAAAAUCAUCACAAUGGUCAAUGUAUGAAGAAAACGAUGGUUUUGCUCAUCGCAUUCAUUGGCAGCUAUCAUAAAUAAAGGCUCGACCCAAAAUAGUGGCGAAAGCAAUGAAAAAAUAGCAUUGAAGAAUGACAUGAAUAGUUAUUGUCGGUGGUAUGUGUGCGUGCUUUCUGGGUGUUGUAUAAAGUUAGUGCUCUACUGAAUUAUUGUGCAAAGUUAUCACGGAGCGGAGUGGAAAAAAGUGAUAAUAGAUUUAAUUGCUAUUAUUUGUGCUUAAAAUACGUGGAAUGCAUGUUAUAUGCUAGAUCGUGAGAAAUUGGGUGCUUUCCAAUCACAGCAGCAGUUGAGCGACGCUCAUGGAAAUGAUUUUAUAUACUGGGAGAAUGUUACUCUGUUAUAACGCCUGCUGAUGACCACAAAAAGCUAUCCGAAUCUAUAAUACGCCUUGGAUAGAAUACCGGAAUCAAAAUGGCAUCACUAAAGGUAGCUGUUCGAGUGCGACCCUUCAACCAGAGGGAGAAUGAACUCGAGGCGAAGCUUAUCGUCCAGAUGGACGGCAAGAAGACCCGGCUGCUCAAACCGAAGUACGCCGGCGCAGGUGGUGCUCGGAUGGACCUGAUGAACCGUGGCGGACCGGAACCGUUUAAUGAUUUUACCUUCGAUCACUCGUACUGGUCGGUGGACGAAUCGGAUGCACACUUCACCCCCCAGGAGAAGGUAUUUGAGGAUCUGGGGACGGAAAUUGUGGAUUGCGCGUUUCAAGGUUACAACGCUUGCGUUUUUGCUUAUGGUCAGACCGGAAGUGGCAAAACGUUCACAAUGAUGGGCUCUGCGGAGGCUCAAGGCCUAAUUCCGCGAAUCUGCCGGUCACUGUUCGGUCGAAUGAAGCUGGGCCAGGAGGAAGGCGUAGGCUAUAAAACUCAGUGUUCCUAUUUGGAGAUUUACAACGAACGGGUAAAAGAUCUGUUGGGGCCUAGCAGCGCCGGCCAUGGGCUGAGAGUCAGAGAGCACAGAACGUUGGGUCCGUACGUGGAAAAUCUUUCUCAACACCCGGUGUCGGACUAUGGAGAGAUUCAGGCCUGCAUGGUGCAAGGAAACAACCAACGAACGACGGCCAGUACCAACAUGAAUGACACCAGCAGUAGAAGUCACGCAAUCUUCACAAUCACCUUCGUACAGGCUAGAUAUUUGAAUGACAUGCCAAGCGAAACGGUUUCCAAAAUCCAUCUGGUGGAUUUGGCAGGCAGUGAACGGGCUAAUGCGACGGGAGCUACCGGGCAGCGAUUGAAAGAAGGUGCACAUAUCAACAAAUCGCUUGUUACGCUAGGAUCCGUCAUUUCGGCACUGGCAGAACAAACUAAUCCAACUCACAACAAGCGCGUUCUCUACAUCCCCUAUCGAGACUCCAUCCUAACUUGGUUGCUAAAGGACAGUCUCGGGGGAAAUAGUAAAACUAUCAUGAUUGCCGCUAUUUCGCCUGCUGAUGUAAACUACAGUGAGACACUGAGUACGCUGCGAUAUGCUAAUCGAGCUAAGAACAUCAUCAACAAGCCAACGAUCAACGAAGAUCCAAAUGUGAAACUGAUACGAGAACUGCGUGACGAGAUUUACAAGCUGAAGAUGAUGCUAUCCACCGAUGGUUCAUCGCUAGAACCAUCCCUCAAAGUCCUGGAAGAUCUCCAGAAAAAGGAAGCACAAGAGAAGGUACUCACCGAAGAGUGGACAGAAAAGUGGCGGGAGGCUCAAUCUAUUCUGAGAGAACAAAAAUCGUUGGGGCUGCGAAAAUCUGGUGUGGGAGUAGUACUGGAUUCGGAGAUGCCACACUUAAUCGGAAUCCAUGACGACAUUAGCACAGGAGUGACACUAUACAGUUUGAAAGAGGGUGAAACGACAAUCGGAACAACCGAUGCUCCCUAUCCGCAAGAUAUUGCGUUAAAUGGAAUUGGUAUCCACCCCGAACAUUGUCGAAUAGUGUUAAACAAUGGGAACGCCACGAUUUAUCCGAACCCUUCGGCAACCUGUUUGCUGAAUGCCAACAUCAUCGAGUCCCCUACUUCCAUCAGCCAAGGUGAUAUCUUGCUGCUUGGUCGUACGAAUAUGUUCCGCUACAACAACCCGGCGGAGGCGGCAAAAAUGCGACAGGAUAAUAACCACGUCUCAAGAUCCUCCCGCCUGGAUCUAUCACGGCUGUCGUUGAUUGCCGCUUCUCGGGAAAACCUCUGCAGUAGUUUUAUGAGUGAUGACGAUAGUCUAGUGUCACCACAAAAUCCGCUGCGCUUUCGUCAGUACACUCCCAGCCGGGAGGAUGGGGAGCUGCAGGAAGAGCAUCGGAAAAUUUUGCAAACAAUUGAGAAUGCUCUGAAACAGUUGAAUCUCGAACGAUCUCGUAUGCACGAGCAGUUCAAAAGUAAGAUAAAACUUUGCCGGGAGGAGCUGGAUCGGUUAGAGGCCAGUAAGCGGGACCGUCUGAUGAUUCUUGACUGUCGGAUAGACGAGCUGAUGGCAAAGCGAGAAAUGAUACUCUGGGAGAAGAGCAAUGAAAAAACACAGGUGGACAUUUUAGUUAGACAGCUAUCGGCUCUGCAAACGCAGCUAGACACCAAGCAGCGAGAUUUCUACGAAUACGUCGCUAAAGAACUUCAGGAGUUGCAGGAUUGCGGCAAACUGGAUGAGGCGAGCAUAGAAUUGAUCCAGAACGCACCGCAUACCGAAGACUUCUCGGAGACUCUGCUGACAAUUUCCAAAUCGUUAGACAACUAUUCGGCACAAUACAUUCGGGAGUACAUCCGAAGAAAUCGUGAAGAAAUAGACAAAUACGAGCGGGAGCUCCACCAGAAGGAGUCACUGCUGGACGAAAGCAAUCGCAAGAUUGCUGGAUUAGAUCAGAAGAUCGCCGAGUUAGAACGGCAGAACCAGGAAAUGCUGCAACAACGCUCGCAGGUUGAAAUGGAGGAGAUGCAAAAGAAGAAACAAUCCAUGACCCUCAAUCUGUCGAAAACAACCUGUUCGGAUAUUCCAACUGACUCAACCGGAGCGACUGGAUUAAAACCAUCAUCCAGUGCGGAUGGUCGUGCCCUAGAAACUUGUGAUACUUUCCACACAGCAAAUUCGGACUGCUCGUUCGUAUCGGCCUUGAAUACCCCAGCUCUGGAAGCGCUGGGAAACUUGAUGCCUACGCCGAACUGUGGAAGCUCGGUAGAGGGCACCGAAUCCGGAGUGGAUCAUGAGUCCGACUACGAGGAAGCUGGUUUGGCGGGUGGAGGACAGGGUAUGAGUGAUAGCGGCGUUAGCUUCGAGACAAACAAGGCAAGUGAGAAUAACGGAGGGAAGUUGAAUGGGAAAUUGCUGUUUCGCUCGGACGAUCACUGCUUGCUGCUGAGCACAUCCACACCAAACCCGAAAUAUGCUAAUAAGACGUUGAUUGUGAAUGGUAGCAGCAUUGAGAUCAGCCGCGGUUCGCCUGGUUCCGUGGAAGAAGGACAGUUGCGCGAGUUUAGUGACGAAUCAGAUGAAAACUUCGAGCACGGCACAGAUGAUGAGAAUAGAGCCCUAACGCGCGCCACUCAGGUGGUACAUCUAAGUGGGGGUGGUAACAAGAACAGUAUAAGAACAGAGAUCUUCGACAUUCGACAUGGGACUCACCCUCUGCGGGUAAGUAGCCGAAACGGCGACGAUGACGAAGAUGAAGAUGACCAGCAUUCCCAGUCGUCUUCGUUGGAUAAUAAUUCGAUGGAUUCAACCAUGGCAAACCUGAUACUGUGCGAAAUGAAUGUACUGCGAGAAAGCAUAGCAACUAAAAAGGCUGAAAUUAUGAAAGUACUUGAAACGAAUGGGGACAAAUCGCACCUGAAUAGCAAAAUAAGUGAGCUCCAGGAGCUUCAGAAGCGAAUUGUUCAGCUGGAAAUUAAAGUGCAAGAUGUUGAGAAAGGCGGCCGUCUUUCGGACGGUGACGGGGGUGGACUCGAAUCCGUUCGUGAUUUGCCUGGUAGUUUUACCGACAGCGACGACAGUCGGAUUCAUUCCUGCGUCUACUCGGACUACGUGCGGCGGCGGUCACAAACUGACACCAUCUACGCACCAAGCGUGACUCGUUCGCUACCGUCCAUUGAAAGUUCCUACCGCUCAGACUAUUUAAUAAAUAUUCCGACGUUCAUCAUCCGGGGAGCUGGAAAGCAGACACACUACGAGUACGAAGUGAAAAUUAAUCUGCCUGACGAUCGAUGGACACUACUGAGGAGGUAUAGCCGUUUUCGAGAGCUACACUUGAUGAUGAAAAAAGUGUAUGGAGAAAAGGUCACAUCAAUCCCAUUCCCAAGACGAGAGCUGUUCGCAUCGAACACGGAAUCGGUAGCGAAAACACGGCGCCGCCAGCUGGAAGCCUACCUGCGCCGCUUGCUGGUCGUUUGCUCGAAAAUACCGCACAGCCCUAUUUACGAAGGCGAAGGUCGGCCCGGUUUGACCAAGGCUAGCUUGAUCGAGCUACAUUCAGCGUUUUUCAAAAAAGGACUCUUCGAAACUGGGAAGCAUGGAACGGGCUAGAAGGAGUGGAAGAGCAUUUGAAGAUAAAACUAUGAGCUAACGAAAAGCAACAAGGAAUUUGUAAGGCUGAUUUUUAAACUUGUGGUUAAAACGUUAUUAUAGUUAAUUUGUAGCUUGCAUCCGUUCUUUUCAUUAGUUUAUUUUUACACUUUCACAAUUUCUUUUAUAAUAGUGCUUGUUAAGUAAGAAUUCUGACAAUAAAUACGAUCAGUCCUAGACUGAAACCUGUAAUGUAAUGUGCAAUAGGAAGCGGUGUUGCUAUCAGUUGAAACUCGUUUUCUACUAGGAAGAUAGGUAUAGAAUUUUGUCAAAGGCUUGAUCCAUUUUCUACAAAGCAAAUGAAAAUGUGAUUCGAAAGCCUCAAAUUGAACAGCGGUCUAAAGUAAAUAUAAAAACUUACGGAAUUUGUUGAAACAUUUGGUACCUACCUUAACUCCUAAUUCAUCAACUACAUCAUUGCCUUAUGUAUGAUACAAUGUAGACCUUUGUUGUAAACUUUCAGUGAUGAUUUUGACUCAAAAAAAAAACAGAAACGUGCUUGAGAGCAAAUAACAUAUACAAAUAACUGUGAUUUUUCAUCCCCCUUAUGAGAGAAUAUCAAUCCCGACGUAGAAAAAUUAGUUAAGUGCGUUCGUUUUUAUGACAGGUAACGAAAACCGGUUUUAUAGUAACUAGUUGAAAUGUUUGUAUUUAAUAAAACACUAUUUAAAAGGGUGGUGAAUACAAACACCUUACUGAUAAACAACGCUAGGUAACUAAUAUGUUAGUUUGGAUUUGUUGAAUAUAUGUAAAGCAAAAAAGUCAACUUUUUCAAACAGGUGUGAUCCCUAUUCCUAGGUCUGUAGCAGUAGUUUUGAAGGUGUUGACCGCAAUGUAUAUUGCAUCCUGAUUGUAGCAUAGCACCAGAAAAAUGGCGCAAACCAUACAAUUGAAUCUUGUUUGAGAUAAAAAAAACGUAGUUAGAAUAAAAAUAUAAGCGGCAGUUUGUAGAAAAAAAAAACCUGGAUGUAUUUGCUACACUAACAAGUAAAUAAUACUAUGGCUGGUUGAUCAACUUAUAUUUACCAGUGAGAAGAACAGCAACAAACCAACAAAAUCUUGAGAAACCUGCGUCAGUUGAUAGGUAUGGUUCGUAUUAAUUAAAUAGCAGAUAAAACUGUAUAGGUACUAUUAA